GCAGCACCUUCUGGAGGAAUCACUUUGUGCUUGUGAAUUGCAAACAGCUGGAACCACCCCACGCAGUCAUCUGCCUAUUUGACGCUUGAAGUAAUUAAUCCUUUGGAUAAUUCAUUCAUGACUCCCAUGAACAAUGCAGGGAAAUAAGAAACAUACAGAAGGACAUAGUGACUCCUCAAGUAUUGGGAGUCUCCUGGAUGACACAGACAGAGAGGUGAGCAGCCUCACAGACCGGGCUUUCAAAAGUUUGUGUGUGGCAGAACUCGAAGACUCUUACAAUGAACCAGAUCUUGCCAUUUCACCUGACUUUGCCCUCCAGUUCUCUGCUAAAUUUCACCCAGCGACUUUAAACCAUGCCAUCAAGAAAAGCAACGUCUGUAACAAUCUAACAACAAGAAACAAUGAACAUACAAUAUGGGCUUCCACAUUCCAGCAGUUACCAAAUUGUGCUCUGGAGGAGAAAAGGAUUGCUAAAAAUAACUCCUUUGCCACAGAAAGGAAAAAGCUGAAUUUGCCAGUCCCUGGUCCAAGGAACAAUAAACAUGUUUCAAAAGUGUCCUCGUUGAUUAAGACAUUUGAUAAGACUGCAGACCAAGGGUCAGGAGGUUCCCUGAUAGCCAUUAAGCAGCCCAUUAAGAAUAGCUUUCAAAAAUGUAAAUUAAAUCAUGGAAAUGAUAUGGCUUGCUGGGAUGACACAGACAUUUUAAGCAUCCACAAGGAACUUUCUGAAUUUUCUGAGGCUGGUCAAGGUAGCCACUGUCUCAGUGGCAAACACGAGCCACAGAAAAGACCUAAUAAAAUAGACCUGAGUUAUUGUGGCUCUGCUGGUUAUUAUCCUGUGCUGAUUGAGAUGUCAAAAGUAGCCAAGUCAAAUUUUUCCCGUUCUUCUAAGAAGGCUUUAAAAAACAGAAGUAUGAAAGUUAAUGAGCCAGCAAAAAAAGGUAAUUUUCUUCACAGUGAGAACAGUGCUUUUGAAUCAUGGAAUGUUCAUCAUAAAAAACUGACUGAAAAGGAGGAAUUUGUUGAUAUAAAAAUGAAAAAGGAAGGUCUUACAUAUCUGGAAGAAGCACCAUUUGUUAAAGGAUCCCACACACGUGAACAUAAAUUGCCACCUGUCAAGACCACUGUAGCCAAGAAGCAAGAGAAAGAUUUUCAGAUUAAGCCACCUCCACCAGAAGCUGCUUUCAACAUCCCUCUCUCAGCUGUGUAUGUACCUGAGGGCCCUCUCCCUUCAGAAACUGAACUUCCUGCUGCUCUUCCCCCCGCACCCCUCCCCAGGAUCCACGCACAGCAGGGUCCCCCUCGGCCACCCCCUGUCCCGCAGGCGCUUCCUCUUCCAACCCCCACCCAGCAGGGCCAUCCCCCAACAUCCCCUACCCCUGAAGCCCCUCCUGUGCCACCACCCCCAGUGCCGGCUCAACUUUCCCCCCCUGCCUUGUCCCAAGCCUCCAUCUCACCCCAGUCCACGACCCACAGGAUGUUUUCACCCUCACCCAUGUCUCUGGCACCCAGCCCGCCUCCACUGAGACCCCUGGCCACCUUAACUGAAGAGGAGGCCCUCAGUCCCCAACUGGGCAAUACCUGUCCGCCCUGGAGGAGACAGAGGACUACAAAAGGGGCAGCGGAGAGGAGACACACCUCAAAGGAGAAGUUCACAGCCAGUGAUGAGACGUGCUCAUUGUCCGAAAAGGCGACUGGUGCUGAACCUGGUCUGGACGUGACUCCUCUGACUAAACAGGUAAACUCCCCUGGAUCAAUCAGUCCCUCUUUCAACAUCACCGAACUCUUAACACCCAUCAUACCACCAAAACAGGAGGUGGACGCUGUUGAAAGUGAGCUGAUACCGCUGACACCUCCUCCCACUGAGAGCACGCCAUUGAGAGACCACGAGGGGAGCACAUUUGGUGAUUACAGGUCUCGGGAUAGUUACAAAUCGAAAGCGUCGAGUCUGUUAUUCAACUUGAAGGAUGUGCGUAAAUGUGUUAAAAGCAUUUAUACCCCUUCUCCCCUGUUAAGGGCUUUGGAGGAGAAAAAUAAAACUAGGGAAAAUAUACAGGAGAGUACAAAAAUUAAUCCCUCACUCUUGACUUUACAAGAAAAAAGUAACAAAAAUAUUGCAGAGAAAGAUGAAUCGAGUGAUAUGACCUCCAUAUUGUCUGGCAGUGUUCACGAAAAGGACAAUAAAACUGAUGUAACUGGACACUUUACAGACAAUUACCUGACUCUGAGUUCACCCCAGACAACAGCGGACCUUUUAUUUUACCGAACUGGAGACAACUUGCAGCAAGACGAUUCAAAACUUGAAGAUUUAGUUCAAACCACAAGGGAUAAUGAAAACUUCCCCUUGUUCAGACAUGAAUCAAAUGAACCUGAUUUAAGAAAACAUCUGCAGUAUCCAGCACUGAAACCAUUCAGCAGAGACAAAGCAGAUGCGACAGCUGGGCAGCCCAUGCAAAAUCCCAGUGUCCAGGGUGAGGAAAAUGAGAGACAGGCUGCUAUUCAGAAUGAAAAUUUUGCCUUCAAAAUUCUCCCAAACCAACUCUCACCAGCAGAGGAUGUGCCUUACAGUGCCACCCAAACCAAUAUGGUGGUACCUGGCCAUGAAGCAGAAGGCAAAAGAAGCACUAGUUCUUCGGAGCAAUCUUUUGUUUCCACAGUAGAGCAGCCACUUCAGGAGGAGCCAUUUCCACCAGUGCCCCUGAUGCAGAAGGCAUGCUCUCAAGAAAGCCAGAGGACUAAGAGUGAAAUGGGUGCAGACAGUAAGAAAAGCCACAAGGAGAGAGGGAAAGAGGUUGGGGAAGAUGAACUGCAAUAUUAUGCUUGUAUCAGCUCUGGUACCGGUGCAGCAGAGAAGAGAGAGGGGAAGGUUACUGGGAAUGAACAGAGGAGUGUGAUGAAAGAGAAACUAGGGAGAGAGAAAAGGGAAGAGGCCAACAGCACGGAUUCUGCUUCCAACAGUAUAAGGGACACAUCCAUCCCCAGGUCUGAGGAACCACAAACACCACCAUCUUCAAGCUCAACCAAACCCAGUUUGUUUAUGAUUAAAGAUAACACAUUCAGGUCACCUCAGGUAAUAAGGGCUGUCAAGCUGCCCCUGUUCAGGUCCUUUUCCCUGGAUGAUACAGUGAGCAGCAGUUAUAAGGAAAUAGAAAGUAGGUUUAUGCCCCCAGCAGAGCACAUCAAGCAGCACGGAAACAUGUUGCGUGCCCAGGAGGUAGGCUGGUCAGCAUCGAGGCACAGAGGGCAGCAGAAUGUGAAGGAUGGAGAAAAUGACAGUGGGAAAGAGGCCAGAAAGCCUGGAUCUACUUCAGCAACACUGGAUCCCAGCCUUCUGGAAGACACAGAGAGCUUUUCAUUAGGGAAGCUGAUGGAAGAAGAUGAAGAGACUUGUGCUUUGUUAAAUAAACUUGGGAAAAUGAAUGAGGAACGCAUGUGCAGAAGGAAAGAGAAGCCCCAGACUAGGAAGGCAAGACACAGCUUAACACAGCCAAAUUUAGGUCUGGAAAAUGAGCAAGCACAAAACAACCCCAGCUAUCCUGCAGAAAGAAAGAUGAAUUACUUCAAGAAUCAUCAUUUAUCUAAUCGCAGAGGUGGCUCUUGUGCAAAAAAAAUAAUCACUAGGGAGACAAUUUCCCCUGUGACUGGCUCCAUAUCAGAGGACCACAUGUAUUCUCCUGUACCCCAUGAAGCUUUAGAGGAUGUCUUACAUACAGAAGGUGCACCGGUUUUGUUAGACAGUCUUGCAUGCUCUGCUGUUACAAGCCCCAGGUCAGGCAGCACAAUGCACUCUCUUGCUGCCAGUUCAUCGUCAGACAAACCAACAAUUUCUGGCCUUAGAGAGACAGAGGAUGUUAUAAACCCUGCCUUGCUGAACAUGGCACUAAAAAGCCAAGCUAAUAUGUCUGCAGAACAGAUACUUGAUUCAGCACGGAGGAAUCUGCUUUCCAAUUCUGCAGGGGAAGCUGAGAGACUGGAGCCCAGAGGACUUGGGGAGAGAGCAGCAGGCAAGCCUCCUGCUGUGCCACCAAAAACAGAAAAGGCUCUGCGGCGGGCCAAAAAGCUGGCAAGCAGGAGAAAGAAAAUGCAAGAGCAGCAGAAAAAACAUCAGACUGAGUACACAGAUGCUGUAGGGAGAAAGCCUUCUCAUUCUGGACAGACACUAGCAUCUCCUUCACCCUUGGGAUAUUCUCCUCUCCAUCCUGCCCCUCACUCAACUUUUACUCCCACAGAAACCAGUACAGGAAGACCCAGUGGUGCAUCAGCAGUAAGCCCUUCACCCUCUUCAACCCAGCGUAAACUCCUCCAAGACCCUGACUCUGGUCAAUACUAUGUAGUUGAUUUACCAGCUGAAGUUAAUUUAAAGACAUUUUAUGACCCAGAAACUGGCAAAUAUGUUCAAGUCUCAGUCCCUUACUCAGAAGGAAACUUACACCAACCCCCCUCUUCAGAAAUUAUGAAUUCUCCCUAUGCCUCCUAUCCUAGAGUGCUGCCUUUACCAGCUACAUCUGUAGCAGUGCUGAAGUCACCUUCUCAGCUCUCUGAACCUACCUGGUUAAUGCCAGCUGUACCAGGAGAACCAGCUGAACUACCUGAAGAUGGCCAGCAGGAUUACAGAUACAGUGAAGCUGUGGAUACUCAGGCCUAUGUUGAACCAGCCUCUUACUCCUACAGUCAAGACACUGAAGAAACUCAAGUUCGCUUAGGAAAGGACACGAGCCCAACCCCAAAUACUGACAUAGUGUCUCUCACUGAGUUAGAUGAUUUUGCUGCUGAAGGAGUAUCUUGAAAGCUGAAGUAACAAAAUAUGCCAGCUAGUGUUUUUAAGAACUGUUUGGACAGACACAUGCACACAAAAGCACAUGCAGAUUUGAUGUUUGUACAACACUUUAUGUCUGAAUCUCAUUGUGGUUUGAGUGGGAAGGAAAACGAAAGCUG